AUGAUGAUGAACACUAGUGUGACGAGUGUAAAAUAUUUUUUCAUCCUUGGAUUCCCUGGACUUCUGCCAGAGUAUUACGGGCCUGUCUCAGCUCUGCUUUUUCUGCUUUACUUGGCUAUAGCUGCAGGAAAUAUUUUUAUUUUAGUGUUUGUCAGAUCUGAACGGUCUCUUCACAAACCAACGUAUGAUAUUUUCUGUCAUUUGGCAUUAAGUGAUUUCAUGUUUGGGACUGUAACUCUACCAAAGAUCAUAUCAAAAUACUGGUUUAAUGACAGCAUUAUUUCAUUUUACAGCUGUUUUGCACAAAUGUACUUUGUUCACUUUUUAGGUGCGGCUCAUUCUUUCAUUCUAAUGGUGAUGGCUCUUGAUCGGUUUACUGCAAUCUGUGCUCCGCUGCGUUACACCUCACUUUUCACCAAUAACACAGUUUCUGUGCUGUGUGGAGUCUCAUGGCUUCUACCAAUGUCUUUUAUGUUUGGUGUUGUUUUUGAUGCUUUGAGACUUCCGUUUUGUAACUUAAAUAUAAUUGUUCAGUGCUACUGUGAUCAAAUGUCAAUAAUAAGCCUUGGAUGUGAUGAUAUAAGUACUUCUAUGCUCCUGGGAUUGGUUCUUUCCAUGUUGAGUUUGUUAUUACCUCUGGGUUUUAUCAUUGUAUCUUAUUUUGUUAUUAUUGUUGUAGUUUUAAGAAUCUCUUCCCCCGAAAGUCGUGUUAGGGCUCUGUCCACCUGCACACCACAACUUAUCAUCACAUGUGUGUACUAUUUACCAAGAUGUUUUAUGUACUUGGCAAAUUUUGUAGGUUAUACUUUCAGUUCCUCAGUUCGAAUUGUUGUUAUAAUGUUGUACAGUAUUUUACCAGCUGCUGUUAACCCAUUGAUCUACUGUUUGAAAACAAAAGAUAUWAAGGAMAACUUACAAUUGAAGCUACAGCWAAGAAAAAUUGAUAUUACCACAAAAUCUGGUUAA